AUGUCGAAACCAACAUUCCAUCUCUUGGUAUCCCUCGUGGGGCAUUCCAUUAAGAAGCAAAAUACAAAGUUUAGGGAAUGUAUUGGGCCUGAAGAGCGGCUGUUGAAAACGCUAAGGUAUUUAGCUACGGGCUGUACCUUUACUGCUAUUGCACUACAUUUUCAGAGGGGUGAACGCACAAUUGGCGUAAUCGUGGAGGAAACCACGAAAGCAGUUUGGGAUGUACUCAAGGACAAAUACAUGGCUAUGCCCAAACUCGAAGGCUGGAAGAUAAUCGCCGACCGUUUCUACGAAUUGUGGCAGUUGCCCAAUUGCUUAGGUGCGAUAGACGGAAAACAUAUCCGUAUUAAAAAAUUUCCGAAUUCGGGAUCUGCGAACUAUAAUUAUAAAAAUUACCCCUCAGUCAUAUUGCUGGGUUGUUCCGACGCAGAUGGUUUUUUCACCUCGGUAGAGUGCAGUUUUGCAGGCCGAAGUAGCGAUGGAGGAGUGUUUCGUAUUUCUGAAUUCCAGCAUUGGUUGGAAAGAACAUCAGAUAUACCGUCUUCCAAGGAAUUGCCUCACGAUGAGGGAGGAAUAAAAUUUCCAUAUUACUAUGUGGCAGACGCAGCAUUUCCGAUAAAGAAAAACAUUAUGAGACCGUAUCCCGAGCGAAACUUGGACAACAAAAAACGAAUUUUCAACUAUCAAUUGAGUCGAGCGCGCAAAACCAUUGAAUGUGCAUUUGGGAUGAUGACACAAAAGUUUCAAAUCUUUAUGACGCCCAUUCGGUGCAGAAAAUAUUCAACCAUUAUAUCUGUUGUGCACUGCGCUACCGUUUGGCAUAAUUAUAUUCGCAAGAAGGAUGGUAUAUUAUACACUACACAUGAUACCAGUGGCACCAACACACAGCCUUCAAAUGUACAUUCAGAUAUUGCCGCUACGGAAAAUUCAAAAAAGUUUUGA